AUCACUGGAGUAGAUGGUUUCUUACAAAAAAAAAAGCCAACUAGUAUUGCCGCUCAGCUGCUGCAUAUAGAGAGUAGUUAGCAACUUAGCUUUGAAUCGGAUCUUGAACAGAAUUUCAAGUAGAUGUGUGAGGCUCCGAAUGGGUAAUUUGAGUUUAUAUUCAUCGCAACGGAGUGCGCGCAAGUGGCAGCUGCUUGAUUUUAUGUUUGCCGCUUUCUUUGCGGCGGUGUUAAUUUUUUUCGUCCUUGUCUUCACGCCACUGGGCGAUCCUCUGGCGGCGUCGGGCUUGCAAACGCUGCUCUCUGGGGAUCCGCAGCAGCACCGCAACCGUCUACUUGCACUCGUAGGGGAGUCGGGCAGGGAGAUGCCUCAGGUUCAGUUCUGCCCUGCUGAUUAUGUGGACCACAUGCCAUGUGAAGACCCCAAAAUCAACAACCAACUCAGUCGAGAGAUGAAUUACUACAGGGAACGGCAUUGUCCUUCGCCUCAGGACACACCGAUCUGCUUGAUUCCUCCGCCUCAGGGUUACCAAGUUCCAGUCCGGUGGCCUGAGAGUUUGCAUAAGAUAUUUCACGAUAACAUGCCUUAUAAUAAAAUAGCAGACAGGAAAGGUCACCAAGGAUGGAUGAAAAGAGAAGGUCCAUACUUCAUCUUUCCUGGAGGUGGCACAAUGUUCCCAGACGGGGCAGAACAAUAUAUUGAGAAACUCAAACAGUAUAUUCCUAUAGCUGAUGGAGUUUUGAGGACAGCUCUUGAUAUGGGAUGUGGGGUUGCAAGUUUCGGUGGUUAUUUACUUUCCAAAGACCUGUUGACCCUUUCUUUCGCCCCAAGAGAUUCACACAAAUCACAAAUACAAUUUGCUUUGGAGCGAGGAGUACCUGCACUUGUUGCCAUGCUUGGGACCCGCAGGCUCCCAUUCCCUGCCUUCUCAUUUGAUUUGGUGCAUUGCUCUCGGUGUUUGAUUCCUUUCACAGCAUACAAUGCAACAUACUUCAUUGAAGUUGACCGGUUACUUCGCCCAGGCGGCUACUUUGUUAUAUCUGGCCCUCCCGUUCAAUGGCCGAAACAGGACAAGGAAUGGGCAGAUCUUCAAGCUGUUACCAAUUCUUUGUGCUACGAAGUUAUUGUUGUGGAUGGUAACACUGCCAUCUGGAAAAAGCCCAGUGGGGAUUCAUGUAUUCCAAACAAAAAUGAAUUUGGACUUGAAUUGUGCGGUGAAUCUGAUGAACCCAGUCUUUCUUGGUAUAUGAAGCUGAAAAAAUGUGUGAGCAGGACAUCUUAUGCGAAGGGAGGAGAUUAUGGUAUCGGAUCGAUCCCAAAAUGGCCACUGAGGCUGACAGAAGCUUCUUCAAGGACCAAUUUAUUAAGAAGUGGAAUCAAUAUUUUUGAAGCAGACAAUAGAAGAUGGAGCAGGAGGGUAGCAUAUUACAAAAGGUCAUUGAACUUGAAACUGGGAACCCCAGAUGUACGGAAUGUGAUGGACAUGAAUGCAUUUUUGGGUGGCUUUGCUGCAGCGCUGAUAUCUGAUCCUGUUUGGGUGAUGAAUGUUGUUCCUGCUCGUAAGCCCUUAACACUUGAUGUCAUUUAUGAUAGAGGCCUUAUUGGAGCUUACCAUGAUUGGUGUGAGCCUUUCUCGACAUACCCUCGGUCAUAUGAUCUGAUUCAUGUAGCUGCUAUUGAAUCUCUUACAAAGGAUCCUGGUUCAGGCAAAAGCAGGUGCAACCUUGUGGAUUUGAUGGUGGAAAUUGAUAGAAUGCUGAGGCCAGAAGGAAUGGUAAUAAUUCGAGAUUUGCCUGAAGUGAUUGACAGAAGCAAUCGGAUAGCUCAUGCUGUAAGAUGGACUACAACUAUUUACAACAAAGAACCUGACUCCCACGGGAGGGAUAAAAUUCUGGUAGCAACAAAGAAGUCUUGGAAUCUAUCUUCGACCUCCCACUGAUUGAUCCUGUUUCCUUGGUUAAAGCCAAGUCCCAGCGUGGUUUCAAAUGCCUAUGCCCAUUUUGUGCGAAUUUGUUGUUUCACAACUUGAAGGGAAAAAGAAACGCAGAGGAUAUAACACUUAAAACAGCCCCAACGUAUGUGAUUUAUAUUGUAAACUACUUUUUUCAUUCUUGCUGGCAUUUUCAAUCGCAUCCUCUGUUUUUGUUAAGAAUGUGUCUGGGGCAUGGAUUUUAUUCAUGGCAUUGCAGCCUGUGAGAGCAAUGCCAAAAACGUUAAUGUAUAAGAUGAUGUGUUUUUAACAUUUUUGAGUUAGGUUUGGAAAACUAGCAUGUCUGGAAUUAGGGUGCUUCUCCUGCCUUCAUCUAUAGUCGCUGCAUCUGUGGAGUAUAAGCUCUGGUAUAGUUGCAGUGUUGUGUAAUGUUCUAGGCUCAAAAAGUGAAGAACAAGGAAGAAAGUAGGAAUUCUUACUGUAAAGAAAAGAAUUUCGAACGUAAAAUGGAGGAGUGAUUGAGAUAUGGAAGAUCAAUUCAGAAAAUGAUUAUUAGCUGACGUUCUUAUUACAGGCAUAUAUGUAUAUAUAUACAAGAUAUCGACCAACGGUUCUAACAGAUUCGUUU